GCAGUUUAACAAGUGUUUGGAUCUGAUUAAAAAACUUCUAUUAGAAAGGGUGUAGAAUCAGUUUGGGAGAAGUUGGGUAGUAGCAACUUCUCAAAAUUAGCUUCUGAUUCUCUUAUUUCUAUUCCUAAAAUAACCUCAGCACACUUUCGUAACACAACACAACACAAAUCAACGAUCCAACCUAGGUAUUCUUCUCCCUUCAGAGCUUCUCCUCUCCAACCAUCGAGGUGACGAACCCUUUAGGCCGGUGCUUGGAUUCUCUGGCGAGAGCUUCUCCGACCACCAUCUCUGGAUGGCGCGACUUGGCUUCUCUGGCUUCUCCAGCUACUUUUCUUCUCCGGCUUCUCCAGCUACUUUUCUUCUCCGGCUUCUCCAGUGACUUGUCUUCUCCGGCUUCUCCAGCGACUUGUCUUCUCCAGCGUCCUUGUAUUCCACUCUAAGGUAUGGAAUCUCAUAAGGUUAGUACUUUUGAUGAUGAAGGGAAACAAAAAAAUGAAACCAAAAAAAUGCAUUGGGACCAUGCAACUCAUAUGACCUUCAUUGAUGUAUGUCUUGUUGAGGUGCGAAACGGGAAUAGGCCUGGUGGUCACUUUAAUAGGUUGGGAUGGAAAAACUUGGUUGAUAACAUGAAAAAACAUACGAAUAGAACAUUUAGCAAAAUUCAACUUAAGAAUCAUUGGGAUAAGAUGAGGAAGGAAUGGAGAGCUUAUGAUAAGCUCAUGAGGAAAGAAUCUGGCCUUGGAUGGGAUCCUGUUACGAAGACUAUUGACGCUACACCAGAUUGGUGGGCAGCUGUGAUACAGGAGGAUCCUGAAUGUGCCAAACUCAAGGGCAAGAAUCUGGAAAUCUAUCAAGUUUACUAUGAACCUCUGCUUAGAGAUAGAGUUGCAACUGGUGAAAAUGCUAGGGAUGCAAAUUAUUAUACUGUUGGCGUUGAAGACAAUGCCCAAUCGUUUGAAGAUGAAGAUGAUGAACCAGAAAAUGAAGAGUCUGUCUCUUUAACUUUUCCACCUCCUAGCUAUCAUAAAAGGCAUUCAAGUUCUGGCUCUUCUCGACCAAAAAAGGGUAAAUCUUCUGCAGCCUCUAAGUUUGAAGACAAGCUAGACAAGGUAAUUGAGAUAAUGGGAUCAAGAAGCUCAGUUACCUCCGCACCACCGAUAAGCAAUGUACCAUCACUUGAAGAAUGUGUUGCUAUGAUUAGUGAAUUUCCUGGUUAUGAACCUGGUACACUAGCAUAUUGUGAUGCCAUCCAAUUGUUCUGGAAGAAAGAAGCGAGACAGAGUAUAAUGCUUCCACCUACUUUGGAGACGAAGAAAGUACUCCUUGAUAGUCUCAUAAAAAAUCUGAAGGAGUGAGGGUGUUUUAUCUUUUUAAUGAUUGUCUUGAAUUGAAGAUUAUGUUAUUUUCUAAGCUUGUUGAGAACAAUGUUUAAGUAUGUUGUGGUUAUGUUGCCUAAGUAUGCUAUUUCCUUGUUUGAGAACACUGUUUAGGAAUGCUUAAGGUUGUUUGAUAAUAU